AUGUCUAACGCUGCACUUGCUUCCUCACUCCUCAUUCUCGUUUCUUCAUUAGAUCUUUCCUUCGCUUGUUUUGCGUCAGGAGUUUGUGGUGGUGGAUGUGCACCUCCUCCACCGCCAGUUUGCUCUGGAGGUUGCGGAGGAGGCUAUCAGUGUGGUCAUUACGGUUGUUAUCGCGCUAGAGCUCGUGCAGCAUCCUCUCUUACGUUAUCAGUGGACGGUCGAGAGUCGAAGAAGCCAUCCACACCUGAUGAGAUGUUUAUGGCCUGUUGUAUUGACAGAAAUCUUCCGGAUUCAUGUUUGAACAAAUGUUCAUUCAGAACUUAUACCAAAGCAGCCUUGCAGGUAGAUUCAACCAAGAAUCAACUUCACUUAUUUAACAUAAAUCAUUGAAG